AUGGCCCAUGUCAAGGAUUUUUUAAAGGCUCAGGCUAAGAGCUUGAAGCCUGCAUUCUUUUCCAAGCAGCCUCAUUUCAACUUCAUCAGCGCACACUAUUUCUAUAUCCUUGGCCAGACCAUCUUAGCUUCCGUCCUAAUAUACGCUUCAGGAGGUGCUGCUGUCUCUUUCAUAGACGCACUCGUCUUUGGAAGCGGAGCAGCAACGCAGUCUGGACUCAACCCCGUCGACGUCAACCUGCUCAACACUUUUCAGCAGUCCAUCUUGUACAUUGUGUGUAUGAUGUGCAGUCCGAUCACAAUCAACUCCUUUGUGGUAUUUCUCCGCCUGUACUGGUUCGAGAAGAAAUUCCAGGACUUGGUUAAGGAUGCGAGAAAACGACGCUCGACUUUUGCCCAAACUCGGUCCAAAGCCAAGAGCGUCGACCAAAAUCACAUGCACGAUGUGGAAAACGGCGUCAAUGGUAGAAACAUAACUGUCAUGCGCGACAACGGCGACACCAGGAUCACUAACGAUGGCAUGCUCUUGUCUCCGGUUCCUGAGCGAAGGCUUGAUGGCAUGUCCAACACGCCCAAAUCAUCCAGAGACACUGACCCGACAGACGAUGGAAUGGACAGCCGAGAUAGAGACCUCCCCAAGCCUAGGACGACCGAGGAGCACGUUGCCAUCCUAGAACGCCAACGAAACGAGGGCGAGACUUUGCGAAUUCCCGGACCGAGAGACGUCGAGCUGGGUAUGGCGCCGGAGAGGGUCGAGCAUGGUGCCGAUGAAGAUGCCAUGCCCCGCUCACCUAUUUCACCUCACCGUCGCCCGCACAGUAUGCACUCUGUCGAUGGGCGGGCCCCCGGGCCUCGUCAGCAGACUAUUGUUAUCCAGGAGCCGACCAAGCCACCGGCGCGUGAGGAAAUGGCGGAGGAGUUCGAAGCCAUUAAGAACACUCUCGAUCCGUUAAAGUUGCGAGUGCCGCGCAUUUUCAAAAACAAGAAACCCAGGCUUCACGAGGACGAUAGUGACGAAGAGCAUGAGCGAACGCAUUUGCCCGAGGGACUUCGCAGGCGCUCAACUUUUGGCAGCGUCCGCAGGGCGUUCACCCAGGACAAGGUGGAAGAUACGCCCUACCUUUCGUGGACCCCGACAAUCGCCCGCAAUUCAAAUUUUCCAGGAAUGUCCGAGGAGCAGCGUGAAGAGAUGGGCGGUAUCGAGUACAGGUCGCUGAAGUCUCUAGCAAAGGUCCUGGUCUUCUACUUUAUGGGAUUUUCCGUCCUGGGUGUUGUCUGUUUGCUGCCCUGGAUCCAGUUGACAGAGCGCUGGGGAGUUGUUGUCGACCAAGCAGGUCAGAGCCGGACGUGGUGGGGCUUUUUCACGGCCAAUUCGGCUUUCAUGGACCUCGGAUUUACGCUUACGCCAGACAGCAUGGUGUCGUUCAAUACGGCCACUUUCCCGCUCCUGUUGAUGAGCUUCCUGAUCAUUAUCGGGAACACGGGGUUCCCGAUCAUGCUCCGAUUUCUCAUAUGGAUUUUCUCCCUGAUUGUCCCUCAGGGCAGUGGACUAUGGGAAGAGCUCAGGUUUUUACUUGACCACCCUCGAAGAUGCUUCACGCUGCUCUUUCCCGCUGCAGCCACUUGGUGGCUAUUCUGGAUCCUUCUAGCGCUGAACGGGAUCGACCUGAUCUUUUUCAUUGUCUUGGAUCUCGACAGCGGCCCAGUCUUUGAAAUGCCUACGGGCAUCAAGAUUCUGAACGGUGUGUUCCAGGCUGCUUCCACCAGAACUGCCGGCUUUGCGAGUGUGAAUCUCUCUCAGCUCCACCCGGCCGUGUUGACAUCCUACAUCAUCAUGAUGUAUAUCUCGGUCUUUCCGAUUGCUAUUUCAGUGCGCAGGACCAAUGUGUACGAGGAAAGUGCUUUGGGGAUCUACUCCAACGCGGAAGACGACGAGCAGGUGUCGCAUCUUGGCUCUCACUUCCGGCGGCAGCUGUCUUUCGACUUGUGGUUCAUCUUCCUGGGUUACUUUAUUUUGUCCAUCUCGGAGGGCACGCGUCUGCAGACAGGAGACAUCACGAUGUUCGCCGUCCUGUUUGAGGUUGUUAGUGCCUAUGGUACGGUCGGCCUGAGUUUGGGAUAUACCAACGUCAAUACUUCCCUGGUUGCACAGUUCUCGACAGUUGGCAAGCUCGUCAUAGUGGCGAUGCAGAUUCGCGGUCGCCACCGUGGUCUUCCUUACGGUCUUGACCGAGCUGUGCUGCUGCCUGGCGACUCACGCAACGUGACCGAAGAGAAGAAGGAAGCGGCCCAAGCGGACAACUCUCUUGAUUCACAGUUCCAGUUGCACCGUCGCGCUUCUGGCAUGUCGACUGCCACCCAAGGGGUGGGCUCGUCUGUAAGGCGCGGCCGGAGCAUGACGCGCGUCAACAGCAACGUUCUGGUGCAGCUCAUGCAUCCUGGACCGGCAGCGACACCCCCUGGGCCCCCGAUGCGAAGGAGGUCGGCGGCCGAUAUGGAGGAAGAAGAGUAUUAUGAGAUGUACGAGCGGUCCAGGUCAUCAUUGAGAAGGGCUGAGACCAUAGCGCAGGUUCCAAUACCGUCAACCGGCAUUCCUGCGAGACACUAG